UCACCCACGCAGGCUUCCUCUAAGCAUACUGAGCUGCCAGGGACGGACAGGGGAGGGGAAUAGAGAGCAUAAUUGCUUUCUUUACUCAGCUUGUAGACAGGCAGACAGUUUAGGCAGAGAGACACAGAAGAACACUUGGAGAGAUUGAGAGGAGGCACAAAAUAAAGAAAGAGAUAAGUAAGAUAAAAGGGAAACAAAUCACCAACAGCAAAAAAAAUGGAUCCCAACAAGAUGCCAAACGCCCCACCACCAGGCUGGAACCCAGAUGAGAAGUCUGGGAUGGGACAACCAGCUCCUCCACCCUACCAGGACCACCCCAACGCAGGAUACCCCGCACCAGCAGGCUACCCUCCCAAUCCCCAGGGCUACGCACCACCGCCACAGUAUGGAGGAGCUCCCGGGGCCCCUUACAGCCAGCCAUACCCCCAGGGACAGUACUCCCCGGGACACUACCCCCAGUCCACCGUCACAGUCCAGCCUACGGUGUUUGUGACCCGUGGAGCUCUGCCUUACCCUCUGCCAGACUACCUUGGCUACUCCAUUUUCACCAUGCUGUGCUGCUGCCUGCCACUUGGCAUCGCUGCACUUAUCUACUCCAUCUCGACUAGAGACGCCAACAACCAGGGUCAUCAGCAGAUUGCUGAGAAGAAUUCUCGUCUAGCGCGGAUACUGAACCACACCGCUCUGGGUAUCGGCAUCACCGUCAUCGUCCUGUACAUCGUCUCUGCCAUCAUCCUGGGCAACCGUAUCAACUGAUCUGACACCUCAACACCGGCUAGCACCACAGCCACCGCUUCUCUCAACCCCAGCACCCAAAAUCAUCAUAACCUUGACCACAUACAAUAGGUGACAGGCACUUUCCAAAGAGAUACAUCCCACUGGGGACAAACUGGUUGAAUCAACGUUGUUUCCACGUCAUUUCAAUGAAAUGGCGUUGAACCAACGUGGAAUAUAAGUUGAAUUGAUGCCUGUGCCCUGUGGGAUAUAUCAUAAUGCUGUUUAUUCAUCAAUGUUUAUGACAUACAUUUUGAAAACUACAUCUAAUGACUUACUUUUUUUAAUACCGGCAGACCGGAUAGUUUAAAUCAUUCAUUAUUUUGCCUGUUUAAUUGUAUAUGUAAUAUACAUAAAUAAACACCAAAUUAUGGACACAAAUUGUAUUUUGGAAUAUUUCUAAUACAUUUCUGAAGGAUAGUGUAUGUACAUUCAGUGUUUAUGGAUAAGUCAUAUCAGAGUUUAAAGACCGAUUUGACAAUGUUAUGAGAAUGCAGCAGAAAGAGACUAUUCUUAAAGUCUGAAAUGACAUGUAUUACUGGUUGUCAUUACACAGAGUGCCAGUGAGGUUACCACUCACAAGAGUAAACAUUUUACAACUCAAUGUCAAAUAUUUACUUAUUGUUACACAAAUAUAUCAAUUUGCUCAAUUCAGUGUUGUGGGCUAUCAGUAAUGACACAAGAAAGACUCAACUCAACUUAUUUUGGUCAACCGUGGUGACUAAUGCCUAGAUUCAAUUUGUAGAGCAGAAGAUCUGCUGAAAUGUAAAGGUCAUUUCCGUUUGAGUCGACAUAUGCAGCGUUUACCGUGAACGCAGUCUCUCUGCAGUCACAGGAACAUUGCCUUCCACGCUACGGAUUGAAUCUAGCCCUAGAAGUCCAAAUAAAUUGCAGGGCUGUUCCAGUUUGGCCUUACAGUUGAUUCAUUUGGUAAAAAUGUCCACACUAUCAAUGUCAUUUAGAGUCACAUAUUGCCAGAUUAUGUAUAACACUGUAUAUGUUAGGUAUAUAUUUUAUUUGACUAUGUAUUCAGUGUUGCUAAACUCUUCUAUUUACCAAGGGGUUGUACUUUAUCCUUCUCUAAGUGUGUAGUUGAUGGAAAUAGUGUUUACCUUGUAUCAUGUCUGUAUGUUUGUGAAAACACAAAGGAAGAGACCAUUAUAAGAAUGCAGAUAUUUAAACCAAAUUUGUUUUAAAAUACGGUUCAGUGUAAAUAAAAAUCACACACUGACUUCAGAAACUUUUAGAUCAAACGGCCUUUUGACUGGUGGCAGGGUACAACUAAUAAUCCUAGAGCAGGUUUUCAUCAAGGAUAUCUCUGUACUUUGCUCCAUUCAUCUUUCCCUCGAUCCUGGCUAGUCUCUCAGUCCCUGCCGCUGAAAAACAUGCCCACAGCAUGAUGCUUAAGGUCUUAAGGUGCCUUUUGGCAAACUCCAAGCGGGCUAGUUUAAAUCAUUCAUUAUUUUGCCUGUUUAAUUGUAUAUGUAAUAUACAUAAAUAAACACCAAAUUAUGGACACAAAUUGUAUUUUGGAAUAUUUCUAAUACAUUUCUGAAGGAUAGUGUAUGUACAUUCAGUGUGUAUGGAUAAGUCAUAUCAGAGUUUAAAGACACAUUUGACAAUGUUAUGAGAAUGCAGCAGAAAGAGACUAUUCUUAAAGUCUGAAAUGACAUGUAUUACUGGUUGUCAUUACACAGAGUGCCAGUGAGGUUACCACUCACAAGAGUAAACAUUUUACAACUCAAUGUCAAAUAUUUACUUCUUGUUACACGUGUAUCAAUUUCCUCAAUUCAGUGUUCUUUGCUGUCGGCAAUGACACAAGCAAUAUCUAAUUCAACUUAUUUCUGACAACUGUGGAGACUAAGGCCUACAUCCAAUCUGUAGCAUGGAAGGUCCGUUGUAUAGCACAAUUGAAAUUUAAAGGUCAUUUCCAAUUGAGUCAACAUAUGCAACAUUUACCGUGAAUGCAGUCUCCUCGAACACAGGAACAUUUCUUUUUUCCUUUUGGUACGGAUUGAAUCUAGCUCUUAGUAAGAGAUAGAUAUCUGCUAGCCAACUAGCUCUGUUUAGCUUAGCAUUUUAGCUGUCCAUAACUGUCCAUUUUUUAAAUUUCACCUUAACAUUUCAACAAAACAAAUGUUAGCUGACAUACUUGUAGUCUAUUAAUUGAACUUAAGUAGCUAAGAGGUUGCUAAAUGCUCAUCAAGCUAGCCUGCUCUGAUUAGCUUAGCAUGUUGCUGCUAGCUUGUUACAAUUUACUCUUUGCUUCAAGUCUAAGAGAUGUUGUCACAUUUGUCUGACUACUGUAUCACAAUAUUUUUUUCAAAACGUUACAACUUUUAACUCCAAGUUUUAUUUACAAGAUGCUCAGUUCAAACCUCCGCUAUGAUUUCAAGUUGUGCAUCUGUUAAACUCUGCCCAUUGACCUUUUAGAAACCAAUCGGAUUUGUUCUUCCCUAAACCAAUCAGAUUCUUUCUGCCCUUAGAACAAAGUUGACUACACGUUGACAACCUUCUCUUCAAUCACAGAGAAGAGCAGAAAUCUGUUGAUAGUGUAAAUCAAUAGUAGUCCUGUGUGGCUAAAUUGGUAGAGCAUGGCGCUUGCAAUGCCAGGGUUCUGGGUUUCAUUCCCACCGGGGACCUGUACGAAGUCACUCUGGAUAAGAUUGUCUGCUAAAUGACCCCAAAAAAUAUAGAAAUGCUCCCUGGGUCACUCAAUGGAUGGCCCAUUCACCAGUAUUUCUGUACUGUCACUGAGAAGACCCUUUAUGUCGCAGAGUUUAGAAAGACAGACUCCCACAACGAUCUGAUUAUGUUUGUCUUGGAAUUUUGUCACAUAUCACCCAUCUCACAUCCUGCUCCUCCCUCUCCAUGAGGUCACACACCAGUUAUAUAUCCUCCACAAAAAAACUAUUCAUGAAAUGUUCACUUUGUAGUCCGAUUGCACUCAACACAUUGCUUAGAACAUAUUGCAGAUACAGUAUUUUAUAUUUUAUAAAACACUAGAAUAACCAGUUAAUUGUUCAGAAUAUUUUAUUUAGGUUUUAGUUGGUAUUGAAUGUAAUGUGGUUUUCAAGGAGCCUGACCCGACAGAUUAUAUUAUGAUGAGUCAUAUCGACAAUAUGCUGCAGUGCUGAUAUAGGCCCAUGGGGAAAUUAGUAUUACGUGGGUAAGUGAGUGGAAUCAAGCUUCCAGUAGGUUUCUGGGGCCUCAUUUAUAAACCGUGCAUAUAUACAAAAUAUACCCCAAAAUGUGCAUGUGCAAGUUUUAUUUUAAAAAAGUACUUGACGUGAGAAUGUACUCACCUCCCUGCAAACUUCAGACCAUGCAUACUUACAUCUGCUAGUGGUUGAAAUAUUGUAUUGCAAGCUUGCAAGUGAGUACUUUGUGCGAAUGGGGGAUAUGAUGAAAAUAAAACAAAUUUAAGAGGAAAACAUAUUAACAAGAACACAACUAUUUGCCAUCAGUGAGAAGAGCAAAAAUAUGUUUUAUUUUCAGAAUCUAAAAUAGUUAGACAUUAUCUUAUAAUUAGACAAAGGAAUAUUUUUCCUAUUUAUUUUAUUUUCAUAACCAUUGCAGAAUAUACAGUGUUCCAGAAUACACAGUAUUCCAGAAAAUACAAUAAUUCUAACCUUUUCUGGCUGUGAUGGUUUCAUAUUCCAUACAACAAAUUACAAAGCACAUCUCUCAUGUAAUUGUGCAUAGUAGCCUAGUAAAUGGAUAGGCUAUAUGUAUUUCAAGUUUUGCAAUAUCAUGGAAAGCAGAGCAUACAGACAGACAGAUGGGAUGGAGGAAAUCUUGUGAACCUCAAGGAAAUGGAAGAAAACCAUUUGGUGGAGUGCCCAGAUAAUUAUUCAAGACACGCAAAUACACAAACCCCCAGAAAUACAACAACUGUCCAGUGCUAAGAGAGCCAACAAGCCCUUCUCCUCCAACUAGCCGUGUGGAAACAAUUAUGAUCCAGCUGCCAGUAAUCAGGAGGAGGGUUUACAAUAGCAGGCAGGCCUUCUCACGCCACACUACCCUAAAUUAACACAGAACCUCUCUGCCUAAAGCCUUCUGUCAACCCUCGCCCUGCUGUGGAAGCCAACUCAAUAAUUUCACCAGAGAACAGAAACAGAUUGAGGCUAUGUUAACAACGUCAUGUGACUAGGGGGAGGUUGAUUCAAUUGAGACUUAAAUUAAAUUGAGUCAGUCACUGUUGAGUGGGAGAGAUCUUAUAGGGGGGUGUGAGGUCAUGUUGUUAUUCUUUAAACAUAGACUAAGGUGUCAGAAACACUACAUUUAUUUCACUAUGAGAAUUUUAGCUUCUGCUGCUUACCCAAUAAUGCUUUGAGUGGGAAUUUUGGUGCCUGUUGUUUGUGUUUUACAGCCACUUCACGUUUGGCACAAGACUCUUCCUGACUUGGUGAAAGAAAGUAAUCCAAGACACACAUAUACUGUUCAACUUUUUCUUACAGCUUUACUGUUGCUUAGUGUGUGACUCAUACUGACUCUUGUAGUCAGCUGCUCAGAGAUGUCUAUAGUGUAAGGAGAGUCACGGACACUGAGACUUCAGUUAGUUGACUCAAUGUUUAGCAUCGCCUGUCAACUCUUGUUCUUCCCCCAAGAGAAAUAAUAACAGGUGUCAAAAUAUGUAUUACAAUAUAGCAUCAUUCUUAAGACUGUAGCUAGGGGAGAGAGCUCCAGGUUUGUGCUCCAUCCACAGUUGUUUCAACUUAGUGCUGCUUGGGGUGUGGCCACAGGAAAUCAGUAUUUUAGUUGUUUUUCAUCACUAGUAGGUAUUAAUAUUAUAUAUUAUAAAUGCUCUGCAGUGAGAGAGAAAAAUGUCCCUAUUUGUUUUUUAUUUUCUGACUUUGUUAGCAUGUUGGCUGAGUAUUGUGUUUGUGAAUUAAUACUGCAUCUCCUGAAAUAACUCCAAUCGAAUAAGAGCAUGGUGGCACUGAAUCAUCAUUGAACUCUCUCCGUUGAAGUCUCUUCCUCUUUUUCCUGAAUGACGAUUACAACAAUUACAACUCUCUCUCACUAUCUCCCUCUAUCCCUCUGUCCUUCUAUCCUUCUGUGCUCCCUCCCUCCUCCCUCCCUCCCUCCCUCCCUCCCUCCCUCCCUCCCUCCCUCCCUCUCUGCUCUCAGACUAGAGACGCCAACAACCAGGGUCAUCAGCAGAUUGCUGAGAAGAAUUCUCGUCUAGCGCGGAUACUGAACCACACCGCUCUGGGUAUCGGCAUCACCGUCAUCGUCCUGUACAUCGUCUCUGCCAUCAUCCUGGGCAACCGUAUCGACUGAUCUGACACCUCAACACCGGCUAGCACCACAGCCACCGCUUCUCUCAACCCCAGCACCCAAAAUCAUCAUAACCUUGACCACAUACAAUAGGUGACAGGCACUUUCCAAAGAGAUACAUCCCACUGGGGACACACUGGUUGAAUCAACGUUGUUUCCACGUCAUUUCAAUGAAAUGGCGUUGAACCAACGUGGAAUAUACGUUGAAUUGAUGCCUGUGCCCUGUGGGAUAUAUCAUAAUGCUGUUUAUUCAUCAAUGUUUAUGACAUACAUUUUGAAAAACUACAUCUAAUGACUUACUUUUUUUUAAUACCGGCAGACCGGAUAGUUUAAAUCAUUCAUUAUUUUGCCUGUUUAAUUGUAUAUGUAAUAUACAUAAAUAAACACCAAAUUAUGGACACAAA